AUGGCGAAGGAAAGCAAUAUUCAGCCCAUUGGAAAUUGGCGAACAAAAGCCAAUGGCCACCUAACGAAGGAUGCCCAGGGAGACGACAAAACCGAUUAUUCAAGGUGGAGAUUGAACGAUAAUGACGGCCGCUUAACGUGGCACUACCUACAAAUCGACGAGGAAAAUGAGAAAUGGCCUCAAACCUUUUACGACAAAUACAACCUGGGACUUCCAACUGGAGCCGCGGAGCUGCCGAAAGCGAAGACUCCUCUGGACUCAGCUGCCAAUGGCCUGGAAUUUUUCUCCAAGUUACAAAUGCCAACUGGACAUUGGGCAUGCGAGUAUGGUGGUCCUAUGUUCCUUUUACCAGGUAUAGUCAUCACUUGGUAUGUUACCAACACUCCCAUACCUCCCGAGUAUGCGGUAGAAAUCAAGCGGUAUCUUUUUGCGCGGCAAAACCCGGAUGAUGGCGGCUGGGGUCUGCACAUAGAAGGUCAUAGCUCGGCAUUUGGUACCGUGAUGACCUAUGUGAUUCUCCGUCUGCUAGGAGUAAGCGAAGAAGAUCCUCGAAUGAUCAAGGCACGAGGACUCGCUCAUCAGCUGGGGGGCGCACUUUACACACCCCAUUGGGCGAAAUUCUGGCUUUCUACCCUAGGUGUCAUGGAUUGGAGCUGCGUUAAUCCAGUCCCACCGGAGCUCUGGUUGCUUCCUGACUGGGUACCAAUUGCUCCUUGUAGAUGGUGGAUCCACAUGCGAAUGGUGUUUUUACCAAUGUCUUUCUUGUGGUCUAAGAAAUGGGUCUUUCCACAAAAUGAAUUGACGCGCCAGCUCAGAAACGAGAUCUACACGCAACCCUAUGAAAGCAUAAACUUUGCUUCCCACCGCAACUCUAUUGCUAAAGAGGACAACUACUACCCAAAAACAAUGUUGCUCAACUUUAUUAACAGUUUCCUUGUGAACGUGUGGACGCCCGUAUUUCGGGUUUCGGCGCUAGUCAAGAAAGCAGAAGACUGGGUAUGGGAAUUGAUCCGAAUGGAGGAUGAGAACACGCACUAUGCAGGGCUUGCUCCCGUCAGUAAUCCUCUAAAUUUCGUUUGCUGUUACAUACACGAUGGUGAAGGAAGUGAGUCGGUUAGAAGGCAUCGCGAGACCCUGCACGAAUAUAUGUGGAUGAAAAAUGAGGGCAUGCUUUGCAAUGGUACCAAUGGGGCCCAAGUCUGGGAUACGGCGUUUAUCACGCAGGCCGUCUCUGUGGCUGGCUUUGCGGAAGAUCCCAAAUGGCGACCCAUGCUCACCAAAGCUCUUGAAUUUUUGGAUAACCAUCAACUUCGAGAGAAUGUUCCCAACCAAGACAAAUGUUAUCGUCAACCUAGAAAAGGAGCGUGGCCCUUCAGCAACAAGAUUCAAGGUUACACUGUUAGCGACUGCACUGCAGAAGGUCUACGAUCGGUUUUGCAACUUCAGGAGAUGUACGGGUAUCCUAAACUUGUCUCCGCGGAUCGCUUAAAAGACUCAGUCGAUUGUCUCCUUUUGAUGCAGAAUGAUACCGGCGGCUUUAGUGAGUACGAGCGCAGACGGGGCUCCCCCUAUUUGGAAUUGCUUAACGCAGCAGAGGUGUUUGGCGGAAUCAUGAUUAGUUAUGAUCACGUUGAAUGUACGACUGCAUCCAUCACUGCGAUGUCACUCUUCAGCAGAUUUUAUCCGGACUAUCGUGCCGACGAGAUCAAGGCUGCAAAGCACAAGGCAGUCGAAUACAUCAAGCGCAUCCAAAAACCAGAUGGCAGCUGGUAUGGUAACUGGGGUAUCUGCUAUACUUAUGCAGCCAUGUUUGCGCUUGAAAGUCUUUCUAGUAUUGGGGAAACUUAUAGCACGAGCGAAUAUUCUCGCCGGGGAUGCGAAUUCUUGCUAAGCAAACAAAAGGAAGAUGGCGGUUGGGGAGAGUCGUAUCUCAGCUGCGAAUUACACGUUUACACCCAGCAUGAGAUGUCCCAGGUUGUCCAAACAGCUUGGGUUUGUCUAGCUCUGAUGGAAGCUGAUUACCCUGACCCAGAGCCCAUCCGCAGAGGAAUCAAGCUUCUGAUGUCCCGACAACAAGCGACUGGCGAGUGGCUCCAGGAGGCAAUCGAGGGUGUUUUCAACAUGUCUUGCAUGAUCUCGUAUACCAAUUACAAGCUCUACUGGCCCAUUCGAGCACUGGGUUUGUAUUCUAAAAAAUUUGGCAACGAGGCUCUGUUCUAA